UAUGUAAGUAGUUGCACAGCUAUUGUGCAAUAUCCAUCCGUGUGUAUAUAAAAUCCAUCCAAACUCCUAAUGUCAAAGAAUAAAAUAAGAAUGGAGUCAGAAAACGACAUGCUGCAGAAUAAGGAGCAACAGCCUACAUCUGAGGGUAGAAAUUCAGCACAAAACACCUCAAAAUCUGAAAGUAGCACAUCUGAACAACAGAAGGUAUUGACUCCAAAACGAAGAGUUCAUCGUUCUAUACAGAGUAAACUAAGAAAAUCACGACUUUCAAAGAGAGCACGAAGGACAGCAACAUCUACUGAACAAAGAACUGUACUCAAAAUGAAGGAUGUAAUUUCAAAACAAAUCAAACGAUCGAAUGCCAAUGUUGAAGAAGUAAUUCAAAGAAGAGAGGACGAUGUUGUCAGAAAAUGUAUGAAAAAAGUCAAUGAGAGUCACGAAGAAAUAUUAGAGAGAAGGAGAAAAGAUACAGCAAGAAAGAUAGAAAAGAAAGUCAAUGAGAGUCACGAAGAAACAUUAGAAAGAAGGAGAAAAGAUACAACAAUGAAGAAAAAUGCGAGAACUAAUGAGACUCCACAACAAAUACUACAGAGAAGAAAGCAAAACAUGCAAAGAAUGAUAAAGAAGAGACAAAUUGCCAGUUAUGAUGAAAUACUAAUGGAAAAAAAGAAGUUUCUUGCUAGAAUGACAAGAAAGAGAGCUAAUGAGACUCAAGAAGAGACAGUGGAGAGAAAAGGAGAAAAUACUGCCAGAAUGACAAAAAAGAGAGCUAAUGAGACUCAAGAA